UAAGCGUUACGUCGCCAAGACCUCUUCUGUUUUCUACAUGGUCUUUUAUUUUGAAAAUCGUCUUUCGGGUUCAAAAUUUCCUGUUAAGUUUUCUGACUUCAUUUCAGUCCGCUAAUUUUAGCUGUUAAAACUGUAGCUGUGCUUAAAACACACGGAGCAAAAUAGAAAAUAUACAUUAGGUAUGACCGAACUCAGACACAUAAACAAAACAGACUUCUGUAAACGAGUUCAGUUUGAUGUUUUCGCUAUUCCACUGAUGUGGGUGAAGCUGGAUUGAUCUCCAGACAUCAUAAAUGUGUUUGUGUUCUGUAUGAUUAUUGAUUUCUUCUCACUAAAUCACUCUCAACUUCUUGUAGGUAAAACAUGAAUGUGGAUGUGGUGAGUUUCCGUUUGCCCGGGCAUGGAGACAACACCUUGAGUAACAUGAACUCCCUGCGGACACAGCAGCACUUCUGUGAUGUCACCAUUGUGGCGGGAGGCAGGCGCAUGUUCAGGGGUCAUAAGGUCGUGCUGGCUGCUUGCUCUGCAUUUCUUAGGGACCAGUUUCUCCUGAACCCCUCAUCAGAGCUACAGCAGGUUUCAAUGUUGCAUAGCUCAACGGUGGUAUGUGAACUCCUCCAGUCCUGUUACACAGGGAUGCUGCAGUUCAGUGCCAAAGAGAUUGUGAACUACCUGACUGCAGCCAGCUACCUGCAGAUGGAGCAUGUGGUGGAGAAAUGCAGAGGAGCCCUGAGCCAGUACAUGCAGCCUCGGAGUCGCAGCCCAAUUACUGUGAAAUCAGAAGACCCUCAGUCUAUGCCAGUGAUUGUCAGUGGAAGUACCCAUUCACUGGGAUCUAUUUCAUCUCCUUCUGAUACUGCAUCGCUGCAUCCUCACAGUUCAGGAAAGGAGCUCCAGGCUGCUGAUGCUGAACUCUCCAACAUCCCUCUCAAAGAUGACAGUGAUUUGACCAUGCACCAUGUUAGAGGAUCAGAUGCAUCUGGCCACUUCGAGGGAGAGGACGGGCAUGAAAGUGACGUCUUUCAGGUCCACAUCAAUGAUGAACAUCAAGACCCAGAGAAGUCCCCUGGUGCUGGGGAGGAAGACAGAGAAGCUGUUGUUGUAUUAGAUGACCACUGUCAGCUGGACACAGGCAUGGAGGAUCCCAAUAUGGAGGGGCGAGCCAAAGGUAACAGUCUCCGAGGGCCAGGCCGCAUGUGGAGACGACGGCACGGAGAGCACAGGGGAGGCAGAGGAAGAGGCUUUAAACACAGGAAGCGGUACACCUUCAAGGACCGCAAGCUCUUGGGUAACUAUCAGGAGGCUUGGCGCUUUCCAACCCCAGAUGAGAUUAUGGGUAGUUUUGGAGCAGACUUUGGGGCCAGUUACUUGUCCAAUCAGCAUCUUUCCGACGGUACCGUCCGCAUUGACUACAGGGCCGGAGAGGGACAAGGAGAAGAGAUCGGCUCUGAUGGAGCUCCUGCACACUUCAGUGUGGAAGCUUCCAGCGGGGAAGAAGGAAUGGGAGUCGGGGCGCCUUCAAAUGAGCGUGGAGCUGCUGAUGAGUCCGUGGCAGUGGUGGGAUCCACGUCUUGCGUAACAGGACCGGUAGUCUGUGAGCAUUGUGGACUAGCAUUUUCCUCAACACAGGAUUUAGCCAUGCAUUCCCUGUCGACACACCGGCUAUAUGUGUGUCCAUGCUGCGGGAAGAACUUCAGCCACUCCAGUAACCUCAACCGCCACAUGAUCGUCCAUCGCGGCGUUUCAAAGCUCCACUGCUGCCCCCUGUGCCACAAGACCUUCACUCAGAAGUCAACACUGUGCGACCACAUGAACCUGCACAGCGGGGAGCGCCCGCAUGUGUGCGCAUACUGCCACGUCAGCUUUGCCCACAAGCCUGCUCUACGCCGCCACCUGAAGGAGCAACACGGAAGGACCACAGCCCAAAACUACCUGGAGAUGCAGCGAAACAAUGAGGGCGGUGUUGGGGGAGGAGUUUAGAUCACAUUUACAUCAAUAGUGUGGGUUGUUAAAAUGAAAUCAAAAUUAACCUUAUUUACUUUCUUAAUACUUGUUUGUAGGCUUAUUGUGCACAAUUUAUCAGUGCAUAUUAGAAAAAAAAUGUUUGUCUUCGUAAUCAAUAUAUAAUAACUUCAUGGUUGCUUCAGAAUUAUUCCAAAUUGUCAUUGUGCAGGCCAAUCACUGCCAAAGCAUUUGCUCUUUAGCCUGGAGAAACUGAAUGAUAAUGCCUUUAAAGGGUUAGUUCACCCAAAAAUGAAAUUUCUGUCAUUAAGUACCCCUCAUGUCAUUCCACACCCGUAAGACCUUCGUUCAUCUUCGGAACACAAAUUAAGAUAUUUUUGAUGAAAUCCAAGAGGUUUGUUUUAUCCCCCAAAGAAGACAACGUAUUUACCACAAUCAAGGUCCAAAAAAGUAGUAAAGACAUCAUUAAGAUAGUCAACUUGACUACAGUGGUUCAAUCUUAAUGUUAUGAAGCGACAAGAAUAGUUUUUGUGUGCAAAAAUGAAACAAAAAUAAUGACUUUAUUCAACAAUUUCUUCUCUACCCUGUCAUUCUCCUAUGCUGUUUACAUUGUAUAGACAGUGCAGCGCUUCCGGGUUCUACAAAAUUGUUGAAUUAAGUUGUUAUUUUUGUUUUGUUUUUGCACACAAGUGGCGACCAGUGUUUUUGUGUUGGCACUGUUCGGCACUUGUUUUCGCAUGUUCAGUUGCCGUUUGUUGGGUAGUAGAAUGUCUGAGAAGUGACGUGCUGUCAUCUUAGGAAUGCCCUUGUUGGUCAGUGUGAAUUGGCUUUUAUAUUCACUUAUAGGGAGUUUACCCAAAAAAGAAAAUUCUGUAAUUUUCUAUAAUUCCCUUAUGUCAGGCGUCUCCAACCUUAUUUCAUUUGAGAACUACUUUUUAAAAAUGAAAGUGGCUGAGAGCUACUCAUGUUAUACAAUACUUAAAAUUUCUUAAAUAAUGUAUCAUAACUCUCAAACGUCUCAAGGUUUUUUUUCUAUUGUUGGUUGUUAUCCUUAUAUUGUAAUUACAUCUGCAUGUUCAGAAAUAAAUAACCUCAUGGCCAAUAUGUCAAAUAAAUACUUAAUAUGCAUUGGAGGGGGUGGGACACCUGUCUAUAUUAGCUCACUCUGAUUGGAUGAAAAGUACUAUGUCUUGGCGAGCUACCUUAAAGGGAUAGUUCACCCAAACAUGAAAAUUAUGUCAUCAUUUACUCAUCACCAAGUUGUAACCAAACUGAUGAUGGGCCCCAGUGACUUCCAUAGUAUUUUUUUUUCCAUACUAUGGAAGUCAGUGGGGCCCAUCAACUGUUUGGUUACACAUUUUUUUAAAUAUCUUCUUUUGUGUUCAGCAGAAGAAAGAAAUUCAUACAGGUUUGAAAUAACUUGAGGUGUGAGUAAAUGCUUUUCAUUUUUUUGGUGAACUAUCUCUUUAAAUCAGCCCACGAGCUACUGGUAGCUUUCAAGUGGUGUUAGAGACCCCUGCCUUAUGUUGUUCCAAACCUGUAUGACUUUUUUUUUUCUUUCUGUGGAACAUAGAAGAUAUUUUGAAAAGUGUCCUUUGUGCUUUUUUAAAAAAAUUAUUUGUCCAAACAUUUAAAAUCAGUGAGGUCCAACAUUUUUUGAACCUUAACAUUCUUAAAAAUUUCUUUUGUAAAAAUGACAGAAUUUCCAUUUCUGGGUGAACUACCUGUUUAUACUACAUAAGAGCACAAAUACUACAGUUCUGUUUCACUUUACUACAAGUGAGCUGACAAUAAUGGACAACAAGGGAAGGUCUAGCAUAUCUUUGGCUUGUAAGAGUGAUAAACAUGUUAAUACAAACAAAAUGUUCAUAAAUUAGUACUGUGGCGUGAUAAGGAAAGUAAGAAAACGUGUUUGUCAUUUUUGCUGUAGUGUAAUUUUAGUGUCUAUAUGUCACCAAAUCCAUGAAAGCCUUAUUAAAAAGCUUUGUUCAAACUGUAA